UAUAUAUAUAUAUAUAUAUAUAUAUAUAUAUCUCAUAUAGCUGCUUCCUGACUGACUGUCAUGUAAUGUGCACUGUUUUUGGAAAUAUGACACAUAAUAUACAGUCUCUAGAAGUGUAUGAUUCAAUUUUUCCCCAUGAAGCAUACAAAAAUUGCAAUAAAUCGCAAUAUCGAAUCGCAAUAUACUAUUAUCGCAAUACAUAUCGAAUCGGCACCCAAGUGUCAUGAUAGUAUUGAAUGGGGAGAUAAGCAUAUCGUCCCAGCCCUAAUAUGUUGAAAUGUCAUGUAAUAUUUAAAGCAACAAAAAUAAAGACAAAUGCCCAUUACAAGUUCCCAGAGCCAAAUCAUUUCUUCCAGUUGCUCAUGUCUCAAUUCAGUUUGUAGUGACCGAAUACACAAAAGCUGGAACCUACAAAUGUUUGGCUAAUUUCUGUAAUAAAUUACUCAUUUAAUGAUGACUAUUGUUUAACUUGAUGAUUAAUUGACUAAUCAAGUAAUCAACCAAUCCUACAAAUGUUUGUAAUUUUCUACCAAUUCAGACACACAUUUUUAUUAAACGUUGGUAUAUCUUUCCACACUCGAUCAGUUGCUAUAUAAAGCCAAACUCACAACAUGUAUCACAACAAGAACAGCAGCUGACCCUAGCAGGGAUUCCGGGUCUUGCUCAAAGAUGACUUCAGCAGGAUGGAUGCUUAGCUGUCAUCAAAGCCUGACCUCAACUUAUCAGCCAGUGUCAGCUGUUUGCAUGUAUGUGUGAGUUGUGACAUUUAACAAAAAUUGUAUUUCUUCUAUGUGCUAUUAAGCAACAUGUCUCCCACCACUGGAAACGUUGCGGAAUCAUUUUAAAGGAAGUGAGAUUCCACAAAGUGCUUGGUAUGCUAAAGCGUUUUGGAAAAUAAAUUGUUGGUGAGCAACCAAUAGCCUCCAAAUUUCACAUUGGAUUGAAGUCCUGUAUGAGGGGAAACCCCCUCUAUAUCUCGCUGUCACUCUGGUCGACUGAAGCCAAUUAAUAACGGAACAUGACACCGCACCUUAUUUCAUAAACAAGCGUGUUCAAAUCCCCCUCACAUGAGACAAACACCACAAGUAAUAAAAGGUUAACUGUAACCGCCGCCCACACCCGUAAUAGUUCUUAUAUCCCAGCACGCUGUAAUAAAACAAACCCAAUGACUGAUAUGAAUACAAGGUUUCAAAAGCUAUUACAGUUUUUCUCAAUUGCUAAAACACUAAACCCUACUGUCUGAACCAAACGCUCAGCUGCCUGAACCCACUGAUUGAAUCAGUCACUCUUUUGGCAAAACCAUCAGCACUUCUCACCUGUUCAGACACAACUUGCCAACACAUUUUCACUGUGAUGCACCCGUGCUGCAUAAUGGUGAGCACAGGUGACAAAAGUCAAACACAAUUAAAGCACAGAUGUCACCACUUGAACACAACAACUCAAAAUUGAUCCCACUUGUGGCGAAUGAUGUGAGGGAACAUAUGAAGUAAGCCAGUUCAGAGAGCGCUGGUCUGUGAGGCCCUAUAAUGGAUAGAAACCUGAGAGGAAGAGUUUGUGUGAGAGGAGGUCGAGGUGGUCAGCGAAGACCAGGAACAGUAAUAUCUGAUGAACUCAGAGCUACUGGGACUGACCAUGUUCUUGUCCGUGGUAUGAGCAUGAGGGAGGCUGGACAAAGGGUCCAACCAAACAUCAGCAGAGUCACUGUGUCCACCAUAAUCCCAAGAUUUAGAGAAGACAACAGAAUUGAAAGACUGCCACAUGGGGGUGGGAGGACAGGUAUGUUCUCCCCGCACCAAGAGACCCUAAUUGUUGAUAUGGUCCGUGAGAACAAUGCCAUUAAACUGAGUGAAAUUCAGCAGAAGAUCAUUGAGGAGCAUGUCAAUUUUGAGGGGAUCAACAGUGUCAGCCUCUCUACUGCUGAUCGUGUCCUCAAGCGCAACAGACUGCGCAUGAAACAGCGAUACAGAGUGCCCUUUGAUCGCAACUCAGACAGAGUCAAAGAGCAAAGAUUCCAGUAUGUACAGAGGGUCUUUCAGCUGGAAGGACCCCAUGAAUACAUCUACAUGGAUGAAGCUGGGUUUAAUCUCACCAAAAGGAGAAGGAGAGGCCGUAAUGUGAUUGGCCAUCGGGCUAUUGUUGGUGUUCCUGGGCAGCGUGGUGGCAAUGUCACAUUAUGUGCUGCCAUCAGCAAUCAUGGGGUUGUCCACCAUCAUGCCAACCUGGGGCCCCACAACACUCAGCAGCUCCUCAUUUUCCUCAAUCACACGCGAGAUGCUCUGUCAGGGCAGCAGGAUGAGCGUCCCAUCGAUGUUGUUGUUUGGGACAGUGAGUUUUCACAGAGCCCUCCAGGUUAGAGUGGUUCAAUAUGAACCAAGGUUUUCUCAGUCUUUGCCUUCCACCGGACUCCCCUUUCCUAAAGCCCAUUGAGGAAUUCUUCUCCUCGUGGCGGUGGAAGGUAUAUAACGCCAACCUUACACCAGGGUAAAUCUCCUGCAGGCCAUGGGACUUGCCUGUGGUGACAGGUGUGGAGGCAUGCCGAGCCUGGAUACGGCAUGCCAGGGGUUUUCCCCCCGUUGCCUGGCCAGACAAAAUGUGGCCUGUGAUGUGGAUGGAGUCCUGAGGCCUGACCCAGUACGGAGACAUGAUGCUGUGGCUGAGUAAUGCACUUAUUUGUAUAUUUGUGUACUUUAUUUUUACAUGGGCUUACUGUACACCAGUGGCAAACGCACAAGAUUUCUGUUUUGUCUUUUUGUACACCCUGUGCUAAAUGCACAGGGUUUUUUUUUUGUUUUGCAACAUGCAUUUAGCCUACAGUGAACAAUAAACAUUUAUUUCUCCAGC